AUGGUCGCGCGCAUACCGGGCGCGGGGUGGCCGGAGGCGGCGCCGCCGUCGGUCGACGCGGAGAAGACAUACGAGGCGAUACACGGCUAUAUUGUGGAGCUUCAUGCGACGACAACAGCGAUGCACGAGCGUCUAAAGGCCGUGCAGGCGCACCAGAAGAAGGUCGCGGGGGAGGGCGAGGAGGGGGAGGGAGAGACGGCGGCUAUGGACGUCGACCCCUCAAGCAGGCCGCGCAAACGCGCGCGGCUAGACGAACAGGCGCAGGCCGCAGAGGACGAGAAGGCGCGCCAGCUCGACCUGCUACGCGAGAAGGCCGCGCACAUCGAGUCGCGGCUUGAGGACCUGCGCACCCUUCUGCAGCAGCGCAUCGACGAGAUCAAGGGCCACGUCGAGCAGACGAUCGACGAGCAGUCGAACAAGGUUCUCGAGGUCUUCGAGGAGCAGCUCAGGAUGUCUACGGACGGCCUGGCGGAGGACGCGUCCUACAAGGACGAGGGGCUGACCUUCGGGCAGCGGCAUGCUCUUCUGCAUCAAGAGCUGGAUAGCAUGGACAACGACGUCCAGCAGAUUGGCGGCUACAUUGCGCAAGUCAAACAGCUCUUAGACGUACAGCAAACGGAGGUCGCGGCCUUGCAGAGCGAGGUCGAGGAAUCUCGCAAGCAGACUGCUUUCCUCAACGACAAGUUGGCUGCCUAUGAGAAGCAGCAGGCGGCGAACAAAGAACGCCUCGCUUCCCUCAGCGCCAAAUACGAGCAGCAUAUGGCGCGACAUAACAUCCCUUCACCCCAGCGAACACCUUCACCUCAACUCGAACUCAUUACUACGUACGACGGCGCGCUUGCGGCUUUGCAGGAACCCAUAACGCAGGCGAUACGGCGCAUGUUGUUACCUCAUAUCCAGGAAUUCCAGCAGGAUAUCAAGGGAACCAUACAGGCGCAGAAGGAGGACAUCCUCGCCACGACAUGGCCACAUAUGAGGGAACUACUCGACGCUGUCAACGCCGUGGACCGCGCAUUGCCUGUCGCGAGGUCAUAG